AUGACGCUUCUACAUUUAAGAAUUCAUCAUAAUUCAGGACAUGAUUUCGAUAAUAAAUUUGCAUUAUACAGAUAUGGAUUAUGGAUGUUCAAUGUUAUCAAGAAGGUUAAGCGUGCAAGAGAAAUUGGAAAAAAGAUUCAAGCAUGUACAAUAAUACAAUGUAAAUUCAUUGAAUAUUAUUAUCGCCCUGAUGGCCUUGUACUACAGAACUUGCUCAACAUUACCAAUUAUUAUGGGCAGUACGAGAAGAAAUGCGAU